UAAAACAAAAUGUUUACUCCUCUCUUAACACGAGUAAACAACCCUGUUUUAUUAUCUGUUAUAAUUUUUAUUAAUGCAGAUAGGCCUACAGUAUUCAGUCAGCAAUAAUUACGCAAUAUCAUACAAGCACGACUGUGUUUCAUAUAUACAUUUUUAUUACUUUAACGGAUAUAGUUGCAAAAGAAGCAAAGCAUCAAAGUUUUGGUCACCAAGCAACGCCGACCUUCAUCCGGUGUGGAGCAGGGUGUGUGAAUGGAACGGAGCGAAUGAUUUCCCCUCCCCUCUCCAAACGUUAUCAGUCGGCUGUAGUUCCACUCCGGGUUUUUCAUUUUUCAUCACUACAGGAACCUGCUCCUACAAGUGUCGACUCGUGCCUAGUUAGUAAACUUGGUUCCGCGCUGAUAGUGGUAGUACAGAUAGAUGCCUUGCCUACUAUAAUCAAUCAUACACACAAGCAAUACAUCUGUAAUACAAUCAUACAAAUAUUCUAUACAUCUCUGAAAGCAAUGCAUGUCUCUUGCUUGCAACUCGUCAUUGUUCUUUCCUUCUUCCAGAGAUAAAACCUCUCCCCCUUACUUUUGUGUGUCAUCCUCAUACUUUUAAAGAUAUGCAUGCAUACAGUUUUUUUUUCAAGCUUUCACAACCCAUCAAGCCAGCAGUUAGCGACAAACAGAACUUUUAAUGUGUUUUACAGUAGCAAAUACGCAUGCGCGGAUGUAACAGUAUGAGGGUUUCCAUCUAGACACGAAUAAAUGUAAUGGGUUUUUAGAAACAUGUUGGCUGCGUUUGAAUCUUGUAAUUUAAUUAAUUUAAUUACAAUUUAAAUGAGUAAGUAUUCCUUUUCAUGCAUGAGUUCUUCUUUAAACUAGAGACAACGUGAGUCAAUGUAUGUUUGAAAACAAAGAGCAAAUAAGAGAAGUCAAACACAUUUACAGUCGAAUUUCGAGUUGGGAAAACGCAAUUCUCAUAGUCUACCACAAGAGGGUACUGUUGAUUUAGUAAAUGGCGUUUCCUUCAACAAACCGCAAUGUUUUGAAAGUACUGCGUGAAAAAAAAGCCAGUUCUUUUUUUUUUUAAACCAACAACAAUUUUACUUCUCCUUAUAUCUUUCCUUAAACAUUGUCUUAAAAUGGAACUGAUUGUGAUCAGUAUUUCAGCAUCAGUACUCCACCUAGAUUUAUGUAGGCCUAAUUUGUUUCAUUUAGCUGAGUUCUACAAGCACUCACUUAAAUGAGUAGUUCUGGAGGAUUAUGAUGUGAGAAUGUCAUAUGGACUGUGCAGCAAUUACACAUUGCUUGGUGAAGCACAAACAGAACACAUUCGAAUCAGGUAUUUCAGCAUUCUUUCCUUCCUGAAGGCAUCUGACAAUGCAAAUGGCAUGGUGUCCAGUUACUCAAUGUCCAACUUUAGAGAGAACUGUACUGAACUUACUGCAAAAUUGUCGGACAGUCUCAAAGAUGGAGAAAGAUCAAGAAAUAUCCAAAGAGAGUAGGGUGAGAGAAAGAAACCCAUUGGUUGUCAGUUGCCCCACUGAUAAGACUUUUCUGUUUUAUCUCUGAAAAAACAUGCUAUAAACAGAGGGAUGCACAAAACCCAAUCAAAACUUCUGAUCAUGGCAUGGUUUGUUUCCAACCUUUAUAAAGCGGAGAAUAAUAAACACUGGUCUCAGACCAGCAGUCCUUGUUCAGGAGCUCUUGAAUCCGGUUUGGCCACUCCUCAGGCAUUCUCUUUGAGGACAUUAUUUUGAACAUCUAACCUAGAUACAGGCACUGCAUGAAAGAGACCUACGAGACGGAUUCUUCAAAAUCAAAGGUAUAUUUUGAUUACUCUUUUGUCACAUUACAUAACACUUUCUUGUAUUGAAACAGCAGACAUAGGCCUACUGUAGUUUUCAAAAAAUAAAAUAUUGAAAAAUGAAAUAAAUAAAUAAAUCAAAAACAAGCAUGGUUUCAGCUGUACAUUUAAAGUAAAUCCAUGCCCUCAACAGGUAAGCACUUUACUUAUGAAUUUUUAAACAUAUGCAUCAGAUGUCAUCAACUGUAAGUCAAUUGUAAGUUUGAGCUGACUUUAUAAUAUACAUACACUAUAUUGAGUGUUUUUUUUUUUUUAAAGAUAAGAAUGACAUGUACACGUUCAGGCUUUUAAUGAUCUGAUUGUUGUGACAAGUGUAUAGCAUACUCAUUUAACUUUAAUAACUGACCUAAAUGAAUGAACUGCAAUUACAGUAGAAAUGUAGAGGUGCAAAGGCCAAUUUUUUUUUUUAUUUUACUUCAGUAUCAUGCGCAGCUGUUUGCAGAGUUCAUUGAUAUUAUCAUUUUCUCCAGAUUAGCUCAUGGGGCCCACACCCACCCCAAACAUACAUGGGCCCUGUUCUUCAUUAUGCCUUAAAUGUAUGUUACACGACAACUAUAUUUGUGUAUAUAAUAUAUGUUUAUCAACAACCCAUUAUUAGCAUCAUGGAACAUAGCUCAAGGCCAGGGGUGAAGUUAAACCUCAUGAAUGGUGCCCUAGUACAGGACAGACCUAAACCCCAGGUAAGAGAGCAGUGGGCUAGUAAGCUGGAGUUUCUCUUGGCGGUGGCAGGGCACAUCAUUGGCCUGGGAAAUGUGUGGAGGUUUCCUUACUUGUGCUACAAGAAUGGAGGGGGUGAGUGCAAAUUAUAUUCAAUUUUGUUUUAUGAUGGGCAUUUUUUGUUUCUCUUCACCUGUGGGAUUCCACUUUUCUUUUUGGAGACCUCACUGGGUCAGUUCACCAGUCAGGGUGGAAUAACGUGCUGGAGGAAAAUCUGUCCACUAUUUGAAGGUCUCGGUUAUGGUAGCCAAGUCGUUGUCCUCUAUACCGGAGUCUAUUACAUUAUAAUUCUUGCUUGGGCUUUUCUUUACCUCUUUUCAUCCUUCAGCUCAGAGCUGCCAUGGGCGAGCUGCAACAACUACUGGAACACAGAGAACUGCAAAGAGUUAAGAAAAAGCAACAUUACUGAAUAUUCUCCAGAGAAAAGCACAUCUCCUGUUAUUGAGUUUUGGGAGAGAAGAAUUUUGGGCUUGUCUGAGGGAAUAGAACAGAUUGGUAAUGUUAGAUGGGACUUGGCCCUCUGCCUUCUGCUGGCCUGGAUCAUCUGCUACUUCUGUGUGUGGAAGGGAGUGAAGUCCACAGGCAAGGUGGUCUACUUCACUGCUACUUUUCCCUAUUUAAUGUUGGUAGUGUUGCUGGUCCGUGGACUUACUCUUCCUGGAGCAAAGAAUGGCAUCAUAUUCUACCUCUACCCUGAUCCAACACGCCUCACAGACCCACAGGUGUGGAUGGAUGCAGGUAGUCAGAUAUUUUACUCCUAUGGUGUUUGUACAGGAGUACUGACUGCUUUGGGAAGCUACAACAAAUAUGACAACAACUGCUAUAGAGACUGUGUAUACUUGUGUCUGCUCAACAGCUUAACUAGCUUUGUGGCUGGUUUUGCUAUAUUUUCGGUCCUGGGCUUCAUGGCAGAUGAACAGGGAAUGGAUAUUUCAAUGGUUGCAGAGUCAGGGCCUGGUUUGGCAUUCAUUGCUUACCCCCGUGCUGUAGCUUUGAUGCCCCUGCCUCAGUUAUGGGCAAUCUUCUUCUUUAUCAUGAUCAUAUUCCUGGGACUGGAUAGUGAGUUUGUGUAUCAUGAAGCCCUGGUAACGGCUAUCUCGGAUAUGUAUCCCUCCUUCUUCCAAAUUGGACAUCGGCGUAAAUUUCUUCUCCUCUUCAUAAGUGCUGCCAGCUUCCUUGUUGGUCUGCUAAUGGUAACAGAGGGUGGCCUGUAUGUCUUCCAGCUUUUUGACUAUUACGCCUGUAGUGGAAUGACUCUUCUUACUUUUGCUAUCCUUCAGUCCAUCUGUGUUGGAUGGGUAUAUGGUGCAGAUCGCCUCUAUGAUAGCAUUGAGGAUAUGAUUGGAUAUCGGCCCUGGCCCUUCAUGAAGUGCUGCUGGAAAUAUCUAACACCAGCAAUAUGCACAGGAACAUUUAUCUUCUCCUUGGUUAAAUACACUCCUCUGAAGUUCAACAAUGUGUAUGAGUAUCCCUGGUGGGGUUAUGCGAUUGGUGGCUUCUUUACCUUUUCCUCCACCCUACUAGUUCCACUGUGGAUGAUUUAUUUGGUUGGCACCACACCAGGGUCUAUGCGACAGAGAGUAAGAGUCUUGUGUACUCCUGCUGAAGACCUGCCUGAUCCUAAACGCCCAAAACAGACGCUAAACACUGUUUCUUUUGAGACCUUCACAGACCUAUUGACUUUAAGAACUGUUCAUACACCCAACUCACUACCUCACAGAGAUAAUGUCUGAUUGUCCACAAUUUUAGCCUUGUAUUUGGCUUUCUGAUUUGUGACAAACAUUGUUAACCCAGUGUCAUUUGACUGGCUUUGUAAUGAACCAGUGCAGUAACCACCAUAGACAGGGAGGGGGAAAAGUCCACCCCAAUAAUUAGAAAUGGCCACAUUGUCCCCUCCCCAGAAGUAGAAAUUCUUGCACUGCUCUGCUGUACUCCAUUACACAGUACUCUAUUUGUUGUUUGGAUGACAAAAAGGUGUUUUUUUAAAAGUUACAAUUAAGGCUUGUCUGCCUCAGCGUUCAACAGCACUUGUCAUUGUCAAAAUGAGAUGGCCAAUCAAAUUUAAGUAGGAGAGGUUUACUGUUCACAGAAAUAGAGGGCAAAUUCCAGCAUGAAGUGCCAGUUUUAAUGUUGAAAGAGAGUGAGGUGAGAUGACAGCAGCAAUACAUGUAAUAUUUGACAACUGUUUUAUGAUAGAAAUGUUUUUUUUUUUUUUUUUCAAAAAAAGACAGUAACGUGAUACAAACUACUAAAAAAAAUUUCUCAAAUUUUGUUAGUUUGAAUGGAAAAUUUGGUAUCAUUUACAUGAUUUGUGCAAUUCCUAACAGAAUGUAAUGAGACAAUAAAUAUUUAGCAUUUUCAACAUAUUAGCCAUACAAAUAAGAGAGAGUAUGUGCAUAUUUUAAAAUAUACAACUAGAAUUACUAGAAUUUCAUUUUCUUUAUAUUAAAAAAUAUAUUAAUAAAAAACAAAUUGGUCCCUCCUAAUGUUCAAGACAUGGUUAAGGCUCUGUUAUGAAGAUCAUAUGAUGGUUAAUUAUUGAAAUGUUUAUCAGAGAAACAAUUUUUUAAUUGAUCAUACAGUUACAUGAUAAAGUUCAUAUGGAGAAUAAAUUUGUACAGUAUAUAUGUGUAUUUCAAAUGAAUUAACAGGACAAGGCUGGUUUGCUCUUUAUAAAUGCAUUUAAGUCUUACCGCCAAAAAGGGCCUUGAAGGUCACCUAUUACACUUUUCAGCUUUCCCUUUGAAAGCGAAGUGUUUGUCAAACACACUCCAGAAAAGUGUAUAAAUGUGAAAAUUUAUGAGAGUUGUUAGUAUACAAAUGUACAAAAGUGAAGUAGAACUAUUGUUAUUUGUUUUCACAUGUUUUUUAAAAUAUUUUUUUUAACAAUUGUAUUAUUUUUAGAUUUAUGUAAUUUCUUCUGUUAUGGUUUUGUUAGGUUUAGACAAAUUAAUAACAAACUAUUUUGAUACACUUUCCUAGACUAACAUGCAAGAUUGCCAUCUGCUGGGUAACUAAUGACAUUACAACAAUGACAUUGACUUCUCAAUGAACCUAUGUAAACAUUUAAACAUAAAGAUUUAGGCUCACACAGUAAGGAUCAGAAUCAGACUGCAAAUGGACAAUUAAGAACCUUGACAUGCCCAGAACACAGACUGCAUGAAACUGUUUUUUCUUUUGAUGGACUGGAAAGAAGACUUAGCUUGUCCAAAGGUGAAUGAAGGCAUGGACAUAAGAAGUGCAUAUCUGUCUACUGUACAUGCAAGUGCAUUGCUAUCCUUUUACUAUGCAGAGAUUGUUGGAUAGCUCCAUCUACUGGACAAUUUUUAGACUCGGGGCCGUAACCAAUACAGACACCAAUAUUCAGAUUAGGUGUGUCUGUUAAAAUGUGCUAAAUUUUUUUUUUUUUUUUUUUUUUUAUUUAUCUCCAUCUACUGGAGAAUUUUUUUGAUACAGGGCCAUAACCAAUACAGACACCAAUAUGCAGAUUAGGUGUGUCUGUAAAAAUGUGCUAAAAUUUUUAAUUUUUAAUUUUAUUUUUUAUUUAUCUCCAUCUACUGGACAAUUUUUUCACGCAGGGCCAUAACCAAUACAGACACCAAUAUUCAGAUAAGGUGUGUCUGCUAAAAUGUGCUAAAUGUGUGUGUGUGUGUGUGUGUGUGUGUGUGUG